GUUUUUCAGCAAGGAACCUCCUAAACUUUCUUUCACCACAUGAGAUACGGGUAUGGACGCGGACACCGUGGAGGUACCGACAAGGAGGUAUGACUGGGUCUAAAAUAUGGUAGGACGGCCACGAAAGACGGCCACGCCGCGAUUGGUCAAUUUCCCAGCAAGCUACAAUACCUCCACGCUGCUAUUGGUCGGGGGUACCAGCUGCUGCAGUAAGGGAUAGCUAGCGGUGGGGACUCUGGGGAGGGCUGCCGUGGGAACCCGACAAAAGUGAACAAACCAGAUCUGAAACGUACUUCCGGGUUCAAAGGUCAUGAUCAGUGGAACAGUACAUUUUGUGAUAGGGAUGUGUAUCUGUAAAAAGGACUUAUACAAAAUGAGAUGUUGGUACCGAGGAUCUUGUCAAACUUACUUAAGUCAAAUUAACAUAUGUAUAUAAUGUCAAUAUUGUAUUCGUUACUAUAUAAUGCAUUCUUUCUUCUAUCUCCGUAAUAUCAUACGUCACACACCCCUUAAUUCAGAGUGUACUAUCCCCCUCGCUGUUGUGCAAUAUGGCCGUGCCUGAGAUCUGUCACUUGGCGCAGCAGGGAGAUCUCCCGAAGAUCCAGGCCCUCCUCGCCGCCGAUGCGUCCCCUGCUAGGCUGUUGGAGACCCGACACAGAAAGUCGGGGGACUCGGUGUUGCACUACGCAGCGAGGCAUGGCCACGGGGCCGUGCUGCAGUACCUGUGCGAGGAGUGGGGGCUGAGUCCGGAAGCCGGGAAUGUGGACGGGAAGAGACCGCUGCACGAGGCGGCACAGGCCGGCCAGACGGAGUGUGUCAGGUAUCUGAUUGGCAGAAGUGUUCAAAUCAAUGUACUGAAGAGGGCUGACUGGACCCCCAUCAUGCUUGCCUGCACAAAAACCAACUUGACUGUUAUAAAGUUACUGUGGGAGGCUGGUGCUGACUUAACCAUACGGAACAAAGACGGCUGGAACUGUUUCCAUAUAGCCUGUAGGGAGGGCGAUGUGGACAUUGUGAAUUUCCUGCUGGACUGUGACUGUACACUGUGGGACUCAGUCAGUACCAAUGGUAGAACUCCACUUCACACAGCUUCUCUACAUGGAUGUGUAGGGGCUGCGCAGGUUUUGCUACAAAGAUGUAACUAUGCACCUGACACACCUGACAGCUGCGGAAGUACACCAUUUAUGGAUGCUGUUCGAGCUGAUAAUGUUGACUUGACUCAGCUCCUUGUCAAACAACAUGGGGCUGAUGUCCUGAAACAGGAUAUUAUGGGUAGGGAACCACUGCACCUGGCUGCCCAGGCCGGCUGCUUGCAGGCCAUCAGGUACCUAUUGACUGAGCACGGCAUCCCAGUAGACACCCCUGCCUCUGGGAGUGGGUUGACUGCACUGCAUUUUGCAGCUAAAGAAGGACAAACAGAUGCAGUAAAACUUCUAUUGAAAUGUGGGUCAAAUGUCAAUGCAAAGGACAGUAAGGGUAGGCUGGCCCUGCACAUGGCAUCAGGUGGCCAGCAUGCUGACUGUGUCAGGGUACUGCUUACCAGCGGGGCUGAGGAUGAAGCAGACUGUUCAGGAAACACAGCAGAACAACUGGCAAGAAAGCAAGCUGUUAAAGAGAUUUUCAGUCAACUACGUUAGGUGUUGAUAUCUGUGCAGUACAUUCUGGUGGAGAUAAGGAGAAGACAAAACGCCU